UGUACACGUGUAUUCGUCGCGCCGCAAUCUCGCGAGAUGAGGCAUGUGACGUCGGCUUUGGCUAUCAGGCAGGAGCUGAGCAGCUGGAUAUCAGCGCUGUUGCUGGACUUUGAAGCAGCGAUUCUAGACUGCGAGCUGUAAUAAGAAGAUCGGAAUUGUCUCACGAAAAAAAAAAACAGAAAAUGCAUACCGAGAUUCCAGCGGUCCUCUCCAGCAACACCGAGCUCUCCUCUACUACCAAUCUUGGAUUUAUCCAUGCAUUCGUGGCUGCUAUAUCGGUCAUUAUUGUGUCGGAGCUGGGAGACAAGACCUUCUUUAUAGCGGCCAUAAUGGCAAUGAGGUAUAAUCGGCUCACUGUACUGGCCGGAGCCAUGCUUGCCCUGGGGCUGAUGACAUGCUUAUCAGUUUUGUUUGGGUACGCCACUACUGUUAUUCCCAGAGUUUAUACGUAUUACGUGUCAACUGCGCUGUUUGCAAUAUUCGGUCUCCGAAUGCUUCGGGAGGGAUUAAAGAUGAGUCCUGAUGAGGGUCAGGAAGAGCUGGAAGAAGUGCAAGCAGAAAUCAAGAGAAAAGAUGAAGAACUUCAAAGAUCAAAACUGCUAAAUGGGACUGGGGAUGUGGAAACGAGUGUUGGGCCUUCAGUGCCCAAGAAGAGAUGGAUGAAGUUUAUUUCCCCAAUUUUUGUCCAAGCUUUGACACUGACUUUCUUGGCAGAAUGGGGAGAUCGUUCCCAGCUCACAACCAUCGUUCUUGCAGCCAGAGAGGAUCCAUUUGGUGUUGCUGUUGGGGGUACGUUUGGCCAUUGCUUGUGCACUGGUUUAGCGGUUAUUGGAGGAAGAAUGAUAGCACAGAAGAUCUCAGUUAGGACUGUGACAAUCAUCGGAGGCAUUGUGUUCCUGGCAUUUGCUUUCUCUGCACUAUUUAUCAGUCCCGAUUCUGGAUUUUAAUGAGAUCCCUUUGCCAAACUUCACACUGCGGACGCUGCUCCCCUUUUGUACUGUACUGCUGUAUAUAUCAUGUACAAAUUGUAGCUAGAAUCAUAGCCACUGUACACAACUGCUCAAUCUCAGAGACUAUUUUUGGAGUCUGUAUGUAAACCGUCUUAUUUAGGAGGGGGAUUUGUGUUUUCUUUUAGGACAGGCAGAUUUUAGUGAUUCAGAGACCCUCCCACCCUGACAGAUUUAUGGACGAAUAGGAGUAAAGAAGUUUAAAGUCCAUACUUUAUCCUACCAUUCUUUCUUUAAGAUAGAUGUUUUAGUUGCUUUGAUACUGUGAGAGAACUUAAAGCUGUUUCUGGUCAUUGAAACAUAUAAAGAAAUAUAAAUCUAAACUGAAGCAGCUGUUAGAGGACUCCCUGCACCCAUGUUGUGCUGGCCUGUAGCAGCAUUUAAGGAAAUAAAGCCCUGUAACAGUA